AUGCGUGUAUCUGCAGAGAAUAUCGUCUCCAUCGUGGCAGUCAAGUACUACAUCAAACUUUUCCACUUUAACAUCACGAAUGACUUCAUUCGCUGUUUCAAGACACUCUAUCCAACCGACGCAAAUUCUGACCACUCUACCUAUCUAAUGGUGGACUCGACGGCUUGGUUUGAUAUGCGUGAGGUAGCCGGCCGCAAGUACUUUGUGCGUCACCUAGUCGCCUUGGUAGCAUGGGCGGAUGCAGCAUUCAGCGCUACGGUCAACUUGGAGGACCCAGAAGAUUCAGAGGACGCCGGAGAUGUAGAGGACUAUAUGGAUAUAGGAGAAUAG